AUGGCAACCGUUUCCAACGGCUCAGAGUACGACUUUGUUGUCGUUGGCGGUGGCACAGCCGGUAAUGCUGUUGCUGGUCGCCUUGCAGAAAACCCCGACGUCCGUGUUCUUGUUGUUGAAGCCGGCAUUCCCAACCCCGACCAAGUCGAACAAAUCACCACGCCGUCAAAGGCAUUCACACUUCGAGGAAGCAAGUAUGACUGGGCCUACAAGACGACGAUGAUCAAGCGCGACGACUACGAGCGUAUUGAAAAGCCCAACACCCGCGGAAAGGCCCUUGGUGGAAGUACGUGUGCCAAUUACUUCACCUGGAUCCCGGGCUCAAAACCCACAUUUGACGACUGGGAGGACUAUGGUGGCAAAGACUGGAACUGGGAUAGCUGCGUGGAAUACCUGCGCAAGUGCGCCACCUAUCACGACGAUGAGAAGCUGUACCCGGCCGAACUGAGUAAAAUUGGGACCGGAGGUCCUGUGCACAUCUCCCAUGCCGACUUGGUGCCAGAGAUGCAGCCCUUCCGCGACGCGCUUACUCAAGCGUGGGUCUCCAAGGGCCAGCCUCUGACUGAGGACAUCUUUUCUGGCGAAAUGAAAGGCCUCACGCACUGUGUAGACACCAUCCACCGGGGCGAACGCCAGGGCAGCUUCCUGUACUUGAAGAACAAGCCGAACGUGACAAUCCUCUAUGGGGUUCAGUCGAAGAAGUUGAUUAUCGAUCCGGAAACACGUAUCUGCUCUGGCGUCACUGUGAUCAGCGAAGCUUACAACACCGAGAUCAGUGUUUAUGCUAGCCGAGAAGUGAUUUUGUCUCAAGGUGUAUUUGAGACACCCAAGCUUCUCAUGCUGAGCGGCAUCGGCCCGGCCGCGGAGCUGGCGAAGCAUGGAAUCGACCCAGUUGUGGACUCCUCUCAUGUUGGCCAGCAUCUCGUGGACCACCCUAUUGUGCCUUUCGUGCUCCAGCUCAAGGAUGGAUAUGGCCUGGAUGAUCACGUCCUCCGCCCCGGUGCUCUUAAUGACAAAGCACUGGCGACGUACAAGAAGGACAAAACAGGCCCUGUAAGCUCCGGAUUUUUAGAGCUUGUAGGAUUCCCCCGCAUUGAUGAACGACUGGAGAAGUAUCCCGCCUACCGCGAGGCCAAGGCUGCAAAUGGUGGACUAGAUCCCUUUGGCCCCGCAGGCCAGCCUCACUUUGAACUUGACUUCGUCGGCCUGUUUAGCACCGCAUUCCAGUGGCACUUCCCUUUGCCGGAGCAGGGCAGCUACAUGACCGUCAUUGUCGAUCUGCUGCGACCUUUGUCCGAGGGCCAGGUUACCCUGAAUAGCACGAACGCGCUGGUUCAGCCCAACAUCAACCUCAACUUCUUUGCCAAUGACUUGGACGUUCUGGCUAUGCGUGAGGGUGUGCGCUGGACCUAUAAUGUUCUAACCCAAGGUUCCGGGUUCAAAGACAUCGUCGUCGGGGAGUACCCCUGGAAGAUGCCACUCCAUUCGGACGAUGACAUGGACAAGGCUGUUCUGGAUCGAAGCCAGACUGGAUUCCACCCCUGUGGUACGGCACGACUCUCGAAGAACAUCAAUCAAGGUGUCGUUGAUUCGAAGCUCCGAGUACAUGGGGUGCGCAACCUCAGGAUUGCGGAUGCUUCCGUGAUCCCUGUGAUUCCCGACUGCCGUAUUCAGAACUCAGUCUAUAUGAUUGGCGAGAAGGGCGCGGACAUGAUCAAAUCCGAGCACAAGGAUCUUUACGAGUCCAAGAACAUUCCUUACUUUGUCUCUAGCAGACUGUAA